AAUUGUAUCAUCCUGAUUUGCUGCUUUUCUUUUUCUUCUCUACAUAAUAAAACCCCAAUUCUCUUUCCCUGCCAGCUCUCCCUCCUGGCUUCCAACCCUGACUCCAUGUUUUCUUUCCCAGUGCCAGGACACAGCAGCGAAGAAAUGAGUACUUUCUGAACACACGGAAUUCUUCUCAAGAGUUGAAGAUAAUAGCCACAUGUACCUUUGUAUUUUAAUGUGUAUAAUCCUGUAUCACAGGAUGAGAAUCAUUCCUAAUUUCUGAUGUUUGACUUCAUGUAUUUCAGGGUCAAAGAUGAAGGUUAGUUUAAUGCUCAUGAUAGAAAAAAGCUUAUAUAACCAUGAAUUCUACUUUGGUUUAUACUCUCCUUCAAAAUCAAAAUGUUUUGUAUGCUUUAGUAUGUAACAACAAACAAAAGGCAUUUAUUUGGGGGAAAGCUGGGGAAAGGCAAGCAUAUUCUCUGAGGUCAAGAAAUCAAGCAACCCUCUGAAAACAGGUUAUUUUCUCAGCAGCUCCUGAACACAUUUGCAGACCCCUCUCCAUGCUCAAAUCCACUGGGAAUCUGUGCUGACUCCAGGCUGGUGUGACAGGCUGGUUUUAUGCAGCUAGGACAUGGAUUAAUGAUCUCGGCAAAAAAGCUGGCAUGUUCAAGAGAUUUAAUUUUUUUAUAUAACGGUUUUAGCCAAAGCUGUUCUAGGGUUCAGCGGAAGCAGAGUUCCGCAGGAGGGCAAACUUCUUGCUAAUGGCGAUGGUCUAAGCAUUGGGGAGGGCAAAGCUGGUGCUUGGGUCAGGCUGGUGGGGGGGCGGGGAGAGUGUGGGUGGGACAGGCAUCUGUACCAAGCAGCUGAGUGGGGAGAUCAGCCCUGCCAGCCAAGUCUCAAAGCACCUGCGAGGAGCACCGGCAGGAGGCCGAGGGCAGAAUCAAUGCGCAAAUCAGGGGGCAUUGGCCCCACCGAAGUUUGCUGUGUCUUAGAUACUCACGGCAUGCCUUAUUCUACCAGACUCGUUUUGUUCUUGUUUUGCCUCAUGCUGCUUGUGGAGAGCAGGAAGCCCAGGAAGAAGAGAUGGGCCGGGCAGCUGGAAGUGCCCAAGCUCAGCAACUUGUACAAAAAGAGCCUCGAUGUGACCAAACUCCGAGCAGGAAAACCUCAGCCUCUCCUCAGAGUGGAUGACCACGACUUCACCAUGCGGCCGGCCUUUGGAGGCCCUGCCAUCCCGGUGGGCGUGGACGUGCAGGUGGAGAGUCUGGACAGCAUCUCUGAGGUGGACAUGGACUUCACGAUGACGCUGUACCUGCGGCAUUAUUGGAAGGACGAGAGGCUGGCCUUCCCCAGCACCAGCAACAAGAGCAUGACAUUCGAUGGCCGGCUGGUGAAGAAGAUCUGGGUCCCCGAUGUCUUCUUUGUUCACUCCAAAAGGUCAUUCACUCACGACACCACCACUGACAACAUCAUGCUGAGGGUAUUCCCAGAUGGCCAUGUGCUGUACAGCAUGAGGAUUACAGUCACGGCCAUGUGCAACAUGGACUUCAGCCACUUUCCUUUGGACUCCCAGACCUGCUCUUUGGAGCUGGAGAGCUAUGCAUAUACAGAUGAAGAUUUAAUGCUGUAUUGGAAGAAUGGUGAUGAAUCCCUGAAAACAGAUGAGAAGAUCUCCUUGUCCCAGUUUCUGAUUCAGAAGUUUCACACGACUUCCAGACUUGCCUUCUAUAGCAGCACUGGUUGGUACAACCGACUUUACAUUAACUUCACGUUACAUCGCCACAUCUUCUUCUUCUUGCUCCAGACCUAUUUCCCUGCCACCCUGAUGGUCAUGCUUUCCUGGGUGUCCUUCUGGAUUGACCACAGAGCUGUGCCGGCCAGAGUAUCAUUGGGAAUCAUGACGGUACUGACCAUGUCCACAAUCAUCACGGGAGUGAACAGCUCCAUGCCCCGUGUAUCCUACAUCAAGGCCGUGGACAUCUACCUGUGGGUCAGCUUCGUGUUUGUGUUCCUCUCGGUGCUGGAGUACGCAGCCGUCAACUACCUGACCACCGUGCAGGAGUGGAAGGAACGGAAGCUGCGGGAGAAGUUCCCAUGCAUGUGUGGAAUGCUUCAUUCAAGAACUAUGAUGCUGGAUGGGAGCUACAGUGAAUCUGAAGCCAACAGCCUGGCUGGGUACCCAAGAAGCCAUAUUCUGCCAGAAGAAGAAAGGCAAGACAAAAUAGUGGUUCACCUGGCCCUGAGCAGCGAGUCCAGCUCCAACAGAAAGAAGGGGCUUCUCAGGGGCCAGAUGGGGCUUCGCCUCUUCCAGAACACCCAUGCCAUUGAUAAAUACUCCAGGUUGAUAUUUCCUGCCUUUUAUAUAUUUUUCAAUUUAAUCUAUUGGUCAGUGUUUUCCUAGGGGCUCCCGUGCCAGGACAUCACCAGUGGAUGCAUGGACCUGCUGGCCCUGUGCCCCACACCACACCAUGGCCAACACCCCUUGUCUGAGUUCAGGGGUCUCCAGCUGCACUUAGCACCAACCUUGCUCAUACUAUGUCUGUGUCACACUUCUCAACUCAACUUUCUUCUGUUCUUGAGUGCAAAUCUGUUUAGAAACAUUCCUGUCCUAUUAAAAAAAACUGACUCAAAUGCUUCCCAAAUGUUCUGAGACCCUCAUGAAACCUAGAAUU